GUUAUGCGUUGACAACUGUCAACAGCCAACGAUACGCGGGUCAACCAUAACGCUGCUCAAAUGAGCGAAGAACUAAAAGGGUCGUCCUUGGUAAAGAUUAUCGGGGCUGCUAAACGAAGAAACAUUAUAGGCGUCGCCAUUCGUCUAUCCAUGGCCCCGAGACGACCGAACCACCCCAGAAGAGUAGUAAGAUCGAAAAGCACCAUGUCAGCUUUGAUUGCGCGUACACGCUGACCCACCAUUAGACGACGAAAAAGAAUCGAAAUUAACAACACGACGAUGGCGACACCGGUCGAAGUACUUCUCACGGAUGUAGCUCGACUAGUACUCGCAUACUUGUAUGACGAGAAGAUGGAUGAACUAGCGAAUCAGUUUUGUCUACAGAAUCCACUGUUAGAACAGGAGCGGACAGAGCUGGAAGCGUCCGGCAGAGCCGUUAACUACUGUGUCACCACGCUUCCGGUGCUAGUGCAGAGCUUGUGUGAGGAUCACCAUCGGCUGCAAAUGCUGCUGGAAAAGUACGACCAGGGAUACCGAUUCGUACAAGAUCCAUCCAUCACGCUGAUCGAGAAAAUCGAGCUGCUACUGGUGGAGCGAAUUGAUAAUAUGUUCACGAUGAGCAGCAGGAUGGGAUCGCCGUCGAGCAGUGCAGUCGAAUAUGGUGAACGCUACGCCGCCGAAGAAGCAGCGCACGAGUCGCGAUCAAUCAAUCCGGCCGCCCCUGACCAGCUACAACAAGGAAUCAGCGUCUCGCUGGAUGGAAAUGAGAUUAGCUGGCUGCUACCGAAUCCCAGCGAGCCAGAGGCACGCUUUUCCACCAACGCCACUACAAACUUACCAAUCACCGGUGAGUUGAAAACGAUUUCAAUGAUGGAGUUGGUACAAGUAGAUGGCUCGAUCGAAGAAGAUGCUCUAGUGGAGCCAGAACAACGAUACUGCUACGAGGAGCCCGAGAUCUGGUUAACCCCCGAUGGAAACGAUUUUGAACCGGUCCUAACAGUAGAAGUCAGUGCCGAAUUACCGGCAACGGCAACGGCGAUGACCAUACGCGGCGAUGAGCCAGAACUGAUUGAGUACUCGUGUGCAGCCGAUUUGGCUUCAGUGAGUGCCAGAAAAACACCGAUACCACCCGACGAAGAGUUUACCAUUGAGACACAACAGAUUGAUGAGCGGCAAACCGCACAGGAGGUCGACCAUCGGAGCGCCGAAGUAAUCGAGAAUGGAGAAACGAAUGAGCAGGAGCAGCAGCAGGAGGAGAUACAGGGCUGCCAAAAUAGCGCCAGUACUGCGAAAUGCACGCCGCAGGACAAGCGUGUCGUUAUCGAUCUGGGGCUGGCAAACAUCAUACCGGUGGUGGCUGCAAACACAUCGCCUACCCGAGUCACAUCGCAUCGGCCGACGGUGGCAACGGUGCAGUCAGCGACAAGCGACCGGCCAGCAAUGGCCGUACGACCGAUAAUGAUUGUUCAGCCAUCUUCGCUACCUUUAACAAACUUAUCAAUGCAGCAGAUGGUAUCUCCGACAACAAAAGCGCUGGUCGAGAAACGCACCCACGUCCGCCGAUUGGUAUUCGACAUACCUCCGAUGAUGUCCCUCAAACGAAGGGCGCUAGACUCUACUGUGGUUGCAAAGUAUGAGGAGCUCGGCAUCCCCACUGACACUUUCCCUGGUGGCGGUGCUACUCCCGCGGUUCCCCCCGCAAAUACUAGAGACACCACCACAAUGAUAGCUCCCAACGCUGACACGGCGAAAUCGAAGACCGCCCAACGGACGGCUGAACAGAUAGCUCAGGAUGCGGCCGAAUGGAAGCGAAUCCGUUCCGUCAAUACCAGCAACUUCGACAUGCAUCUGCGGAUGAUCUUCGCCGAAGAGGAGAAGCGACGACGAGAGGCAGAAAGCAAGCGUCUAGUCGCACUUCGCUUAGAACGCAAACGUGUUGCCCGAGCAAAGCAGCGAGCGCUUGCUGCUGCCGGUACGACCAACCGCCGGAAAACGGCACGGACUGAUAUAAAAGGUACGGUGGAUGAGAAUACGAAACGGCAGCGAUCCCCGAUAGCGAACACACCAAUUUCACCGGCGACACCCAAUACGACGCAAAAGCAAGCUGCUAUGAUAGAGGCGGCGCUAGCGAGCCCUAUCAUUGUUGCGUGCACCAAACUAUCACCGACCGGGUGUCAAAUGCCACGUCAAACCUUCCAUAAGUGUCUCACGAUCGAAAAAAGUGUCAAAAACAAUGAUGAUGCUAGCUCCUCUAGCUGCCUAGUAACAGUACCUCCACCCUGUACAGUGCCGCAGACGCCGAAACCAUCGAAGCCGGUGGUCUCGACGAUGACCUCGGUGAUGCAGCUCAGCAACGAGGACUCCGAUUCGCCUUACAAGAUUGACCCAGUGACGGACAUUCCACAGACACCGCGCUUCCGCAUACCGGAACAACCGUCCUGCUCUCCUCCGGGGGAACAAUUCGCUGCAGGAGAGCAGCACUUACGAAACCUAAUAGGGGAGCUGGAUAGCCCAUCGCCGAUGACUAUCUUGCUAAACCCAUGCCGUCCAAUUACGCCCGGUUCGGGCGAUAACAGCAACUCGGUCACCGACAAAGCCUUCAAUAGUGCUCACAGUGCAACAGUGCCCUCCGAAUCUGAGCCGACCAAUAAUACCCAUCAUUAUCCAACCAAUCAGAUGAACCUUCCUCAUGAUGCCAACAACAAAGAGACCACCAUCAGCAGCCCACCGCCCUUACCAGUGCGUUGUCGCAAGUUGUUGACAUUACCAACGGUGGCCGAACCGGCCCUCCCACCAAUGUCGCCAAUGCAGAGUGAGCGUGAAUACAAUAGGCUCAUCAAGUCGGCUUUACGGCGAAAGCGUAAGGCGGAGGAGGCGAUGAGAAAGGCGACAAAGGCUACCGGUGAUGGACGCAUCGAUCACGGUACGUCGAUGGGGUUCGGUUCGCCUAAGAUGUACCACGUGCUGUUGGUUGGUCGAGCGGCAGCAUCCGGUGGGCCAGUCGGGGCGCGACAGUGUCCAAAAAGGUAUCGGCGGUACAGGUUAGGGAAUGAUGAUCCUGUCAUGGAGGUGUUCAACGGGGAAGCCAGGUUCACAAUUGCCUGUUCGGAGCUGACCGUCCACUACGAGCAGCGGCCAGCACACGAGGAUACAAUAACGUCGGUUUCUGGCGCAAGUUGCACACACGAUUCGGCAGAAAGUGACAGCGACAGCAGUACUAGUAGUAGCAGCAGUAACAGUAGCAAUAGCAGCAAAAAUACCAACGGCAGCAGCAGCAGCAGUAGUAGUAGUAGUAGUAGUAGUAGUAGUAGUAGCAGCAGCAGCAGCAGCAGCAGCAGCAGCAGCAACAGCAACAGCACCUUCAACAACAACAGUGGCAGUAGCAACAGUAGCAGCAAUGCUAAUAGCCGUACAGUUGUUGUCAAUCAAGCUGAAGAGGCUGCUAGCCUUGAGACCAAGAGGUUGCUGCAAAGAGUAAGAGAAGAACGGUGAUUCUACUGGUAUGCUUUACGAUUAUACCGACUAAGUAUAGACUAAUUAUUUCCACCGUUUUCUCUGUUUGGUGCUAAGGUCCAAAAGAAUCGUCGAUCGAUCGAUCGAUACGGUGGGAAGCCUUUCUUCCCAACAGCUUCCAAAAUAAUUUUACUCUGUUUGCAUAUUAAGUUUACAUGUAUACAUCAACAAGAUGGAUGUUUUUUGUGUCAAAUGCCACAGAAACCGUUUUAGGUCGAUCUACGAUGCGCACAAUAAGAUCUUAUUAGUGUAUUCUCUAUGUAGUAGGCGAGUGACCUACAUUUUUUUAUUUCUUAUGUUUAUUUUAUAUUCUAUAAUUCACAAUAUCACGUGAAAGUAAAAAUUGAAUGUAGAUAGACAUAAUAUUAAUAAGGAAUAUUAACAAUGAUUUAAGGAAUCGAGAGAGAGAUCAAACGAGCAAAUCAAGGGAUCGCAAAGAAUAAGUCUUAAUUUAAGCAUUGUAGUAACUGCCAAAUGUCGCCAAUUACAGGUAGGUUUUGCCGUAUGUUCAUCGAGAUUAGUUGAGUCUCUCCAAAGCAGUCUCAUAAAUGUUCGGUGUCAUCGAUACUCAUAGGCUCCGAUCAUAUUGAUUGAGAGAUAGAAAUGAAGAUCUAGAUGCGCUUAUAGUUACCGAGUCUCUACACCAAGGUACUUUAAAUAGACAGGUAGCUUUAUGCAGAACGAAUCCCCGAUCGGAUUUUAGAAAAAACUUCAGAGUUCAGAGUUUGUCAUUGGUGGAACUGUGGGAUGUUUACAUCGGGAACGCUCUUUUCGGAGCUGUUUUCGCUUUUCCCUGAUAAAACCACCAAACUUGCCCAUAUCUUCUUUUUCUUCUUCUUGAAACUCACGUGGUUUUGUUGAUAAAAAGCGCCCUGCUACCAAUGUCAUACAAAUUCAAAAUGUUUUUUUUUUUUUUACAAGUGUAGGGCGGGAAACCUUCAUAGGCACCUAGGGGAGUACGAGAGUUCCCUUCGGUAGUGUGGGGUUUUUACCCACUAAAACCCCCCUUCCAAUGCCUUUAGCCCCCUUCGGUAGUACCUUGCGGCAUCCUUCAAAGGGGAGGCUGAGCGGUAAACGCCCCAUUCAACAUCUACUGAUGUUCUCGCAAAUAGGUGUGUAGUGAUAAGGGUGUAGAAAGAAAAGGGAAGAGACAGAGAUAGAGAGAGAGAGAGAGAGAGAGAGAGAGAGAGAGCGAUAGAACGAUAUUUGAAACGAUAGCGGUAAUCGAAACAGUAACAAUAGCGAUAAUGGAGAGACAGAGGGAGAGAUAAUGAUAAUCGUAGCAGGAACGAUAGCGAUGAUCGAGAGAGAGAGUGGCUGAUAGCCGAUCUUUGAGAGAGGAUUUCGCAUACGCGAACCGGAGAAGCGGCGUCUCUGAUAAACGGGCAGUCUUGUAAUAGAAGUUAUACGUGGAUGUAAUACGUAGAUGUAAUGCGUGUAAUGCGUGAAAGAAUGGAAAAUACAGCGAGUUACGACAGGUGUCUCACUGAGAUUGCCCCUGGCUUUCUAUCCUGGGCAACCGGUCUUCUUUUUGCCACUCGGCAAAUAGUUUCCUCAUCGCAUGGCUGAUGAACCUAUUCACAGCAUCGAAGGCAGCAGGGUUCUGACACAUUCGUGUGACAAUGUCAUCUACCGAAAAGUCAUCUCCAAUGCUCCUCUUCAGCUCCUCUCUGGUGUCUGCGAACCUUGGGCAGACAACCAGAAUGUGCUCUGGAGACUCCACAGUUCCUUGGCAGGCUGGGCAGUACGGUGUCUUGGUUCUGUUUAUCCGGUGUAGAUAAUCCCUAAAAUAACCGUUUCCUGAGAGGAAUUGGGUUAAAUAGAAAUUAUCCUCCCCAUGUUUUCUGGUCACCCAUGGACCCAUUUCUGGGAUUAGGCGAUGCGUGCAUCGUCCGCUUUUGCCUGCAUUCCAUUGGUG